AUGCACAACGUUCGUCGUGUGCCUGUUGGCACGCUCUCAGCCGAGGCGAUUGCCGCGCAGCGCGAACAGGAACAGCACAAGCUAGCGACGUACAAAGAGCUCGAGAAUGCGUACUUUAAGCAUCGCAACGCGAACAAUUUCAGCAAGGAAGCAUUGGAGAGCACGACUGCAUUGCUGUCUGUGAACCCUGAAUACUACUCUGUGUGGAACUACCGACGAGAGAUUCUCUUGCACAUGUUUGACCAGGCACCGAAGGACGAGGCGCAGCGUGUCCGCGCCCAGCUGCUUGCGGAAGACCUGACAUUGACGCAGCAAAGCAUGCCGGCACAGGUCAAGUGGCGCAAAGAGCUGGGCUUGGUCGACAUGAUGCUGGGAAUGGACCCACGCAACUUUAUGGGCUGGAAUUAUCGCCGUUCGGUCAUUGCCGAGCUUGCCGCGGCCAUGUUGGAUACCAAAGAGAGCGAUGUGCCUCCCUUCCCCUCCUCUCUCUCUUCGCAUGUGUUGCAAGGCAAAGAAAAAGAGGCUCAUCUCGCACUGGCCAAGAGUGAGCUGAAGUAUGCGUUGAACAAGAUCGAGAGCAACUUUAGCAACUUUAGUGCGUGGCACUACCGCUCCAAGCUGCUCCCUCGUGUAUGGGAUGCUGAAGAGUUUAGCGAAGCACAGCGCGCCUCGGAGCGUGCGCAAGAAUUUGAGUUGUUGCAGCAGGCCAUGUAUACCGACCCCAGCGACCAGAGUAUCUGGAUUUAUCACCGCUGGCUCGUUGCCCAAGACCCCUCGCGAUCGGUCCUCGAGAAGCAAAUCAAGGAUAUCUCGGAGCUGGCAGAGAUGGAGCCGGACAGCAAAUGUGCCAGCUCGUCAAGCAUCACGGCGGUGCACUAG